AUGCGUUCAUCAAUAGGGGUACCAUUGGAUAUUUCAGAUGCCGAUGGCAUCGAGUUGCUGUCCACUAACGAAAAGAACCUGUGUUCUAUACUUCGAAUAUUGCCAAGGCUGUAUUUAACCAUCAAGGAGACCCUUAUUGCGGCAAACGCUAAAUACGGACAUUGUAAAAGAGCCCAAGCAAGGAGCCUUAUCAAGAUAGACGUGAACAAAACAUCUCGCAUUUACGACUUUUUUAUUGGCGCUGGCUGGAUUAAGCCGAGGCCCGACAAGAGUGGUACAUCUUCGCCAAGCGAGCCAAACAUGGAAGAAGAAGCCAUCGCUUCGGACUAUUCGACCUUGGACUUUUCCGAGACCUCUGAGGCAACCACAGCUUCCCGCCCACCAAGAGAUGUGGAAAUAAAGCUGGAGGGCCAAGAGGAGAGUGCUCAUGACGCUGCCGGUACCGUUGUCCCCCAAAAGCGUCGCAGCUCUUCAGAGGAUGAGAAUCUCGCAAAAAAAGUUCCUAUAGUAAAGCUAAAGCUGUCUGUUUCGUCUCCCUCAGAGUGA